AUGAGUAUAUCAGGACUCCUCUUAUCUGUUGCCCUGCUUCCGAGCGUCGUCUCCGCUCACGAUCGUGUAUACUUCGACCCUCCAUCGUCCGGUUCACCCUUCCUUGGCCCCCAGGUCCCUCUAACAGGUCCUCCAGCCCUUACGGGUACCCAUGAGUUUACGCUUCGCCACAUUUAUCACCGAGGUACUCAUGACCAACCCGAUCUUCACAGGAGGCUCGAUAUCAAACCACAUACACGCCUUUGGGCUGUUUCGGACGACGGCCUUGAGAAGGAUCUCGUCACAUUCGAUACUCCUCUCGUUGCUUCAUCAAGCCCUCUUACCAUCCAACGCCUCGCGGACCGCCGGCUUUCGGUCAUUGAAGGAUACCUGGCGGCUGCCAGGUCAAGCGGGGAGGCCGUCACUCUAUCGCCGGCAGAGUGGGUGAUGGAUACAUUGGCUGGUCCAAAUGUCACAGAUAAAGAAAGCGUUCUCACAUUCGCAAAGAUGACGGCGAACGACUAUAUUGAGGAACCUGGCACAGAGGACUGGCACUAUAUACACGGUCGUUUCAACUAUUCGUCAAGCUUUGGUUGGCAAUCGGAUGGAUUGAGAGGCCACAUAUAUGCAGAUAAAACGAACAGCACCAUCGUUGUAUCCUUGAAAGGAACUUCCCCGGCCCUGUUCGAUGGUGCCGGCACAACCACAAAUGACAAAAUCAACGACAAUCUGUUCUUCAGCUGUUGCUGUGGGCAGGGAGGCUCGUACCUCUGGCGACAAGUUUGUGACUGCCAACAAUCAGCAUUCACAGCCAACUUGACUUGUAUCGUUGAGGCCAUGAACGACGAAAACAAAUAUUACAGAGCCGCCAUCGACCUUUACUCGAAUGUGACAGACAUGUAUCCAGACGCGAAUGUGUGGUUGACAGGCCAUUCUCUGGGUGGCGCGAUGUCCAGUCUCCUUGGCCUUACAUUUGGACUACCUGUCGUAACAUUUGAGGCUGUCCCUGAAGCCCUGCCUGCGGCUCGCUUGGGUCUACCAAGUCCGCCCGGUCACGAUCCUAGGCUUCCUCAAUCGCGACAAUACACUGGAGCUUAUCAUUUUGGACACACGGCCGACCCAGUAUAUAUGGGAACGUGCAACGGCGUUGGUUCUAUUUGCACAUGGGGUGGGUAUGCGAUGGAGUCCGCAUGCCAUACGGGCCAAAUGUGCGUUUACGAUACCGUUGAAGAUAAGGGGUGGCGUGUUGCACUUUCAACCCACCGUAUCAGAGCCGUGAUCUCCGACGUCCUCGAGGUAUAUGAGGAUCUCCCUCCUUGCGCAGCUGAGGAGGAGUGUUAUGAUUGCGAGCUGUGGAAGUUCUUCAAAAGCAAUGGGUCUGAAAGCACAACAACUUCGACUACCACCACCACCACCGCUCCUACCACAACCCGGACGUCGACAUGCAAGACACCCGGCUGGUGGGGCUGCUUGGACGAAAGCACAACCACCACGACCACCACUACUACGUCCACGACCACCUCGACGUCAACAUGUAAAACUCCAGGGUGGUUCGGCUGCAAUGAUCCGACCACAACGACAGAUGCAACUCCCGCCCCAUCUGUCACAACCACCAUAGCCACCUCAACUACACACCCAACUUCAUCUACAUCCACAUGCAAGAACCCUGGAUGGUUCGGUUGUCGCGAUCCCACCAGCACGACUGCCUCCACGACAUCGUCAACCCCCACAACAUCCACAUGCGAUGAUCCGGGUUUCUUCUGGGGUUGCUAUGACCAGUCCACCACGGCAAGUCAUCCCAUCACGUCAGGGCCGACCGCACCAUACUCGACCACUUCCCCUACGAACACACACACGUGUACCUCCAGUAUCUUCUUCGGUUUGAUUUGUGUUGGGUCCACCGGCACCGAACUACGCUAG